GGGCGGCGCCGCGAGGGGGGCGGCGCGUCUCGUGCGGAGCCGAGCGGUGCCGAGCCGCCGCCUCCACCUGCUGCCGCUGCGCCAGUCGCCGGGUGAGGGGAGCCGCCGCCCGCCCCUUCCCGCGGGGCCCUUUGUGCUGCUCCAGAGCUGCCCGGAGCCACGCGGCGGCUGCGUCACGGCCGAGGCGCUGCGGCCGCCGACAUCGCCCCGCGCGGAGCCCGAGCCGAGCCGUCCGCCCGCCUCCGCCAUUUCUGCGCCGGCCGCGGCGGAGCGACGCCUCGCCGCCCCUGAGCUCGGGCCGGCAGCCGCGGGGGAGAGCCUGCCCUCCCGGGAGGAUGGUGAAGCUGGGGAACAAUUUCAGCGAGAAGAGCACAAAGCAGCCGCUGCUGGAGGAUGGCUUCGACACCAUCCCGCUGAUCACGCCGCUGGACGUCAAUCAGCUGCAGUUCCCGCCUCCCGACAAGGUUGUGGUCAAAACAAAAACAGAAUAUGAACCUGAUCGCAAGAAGGGAAAGUUCCGUACUCCUAAAAUAGCUGAAUUCACAAUCAGCAUCACUGAAGGGGUUUCAGAAAGAUUUAAGGUAACUGUGCUGGUCCUUUUUGCCCUUGCAUUCUUAACGUGUGUUGUAUUUCUGGUAGUCUACAAGGUUUACAAGUAUGAUCAUACCUGUCCAGAAGGAUUUGUUUUCAAGAAUAAUCAGUGCAUUCCAGCUGGAUUGGAAAACUACUACUCUGAACAAGAUUCCAGUGCUCGAGGGAAAUUUUACACAGUCAUAAACCACUACAAUCUGGCCAAACAAACCAUCACGCGCUCAGUGUCUCCAUGGAUGACAGUACUGUCAGAAGAGAAACUGUCUGAACAGGAGACUGAAGCUGCUGAGAAAUCAGCUUAGUUAUGAUAAGCUAGUUAUUAACAAUGUCAUUUGAAGGUAACUAAGGGACUUUAAGGAACUCUUCAUUAAUUAUAAAUAUGGAUAAUUUAGAGGUUACUCACGUUUAUGGUGCAAUUGCUUCUGUUUGCUGAUACUGCUUUGCAAAAAACAACCAUACAAAAACUUGCUGCAGACCAUUCAUGGGCAUAAAACAAGGUGCAUAUCAGCAUUGCUUUAGAGCUUUGACACCAUUUUCAAUGUUAAAGAAAUCCAAUGUUAUGUAUGGUCUUGCAAUUUAUUGGAUGCUGACAGAUUUCUUCAUGGGAUUUUUCAGGGUUUGAAAACUUAAGAUAAAUCAUGUGUUCUGUUGUCUGAACUGACACUUUAUUUAUUAAUUUUCUUAUCGUUAGUUAUUUUGCAAACUGAAACACCACAGCCAUAACUAGAGUGAUCUCUUGUUUAGCUAAGAGCUACAUUUGUAUUUGAUUUUUUGCUCAAGCAAGAAUGAUAAUCAGCACUGAUAUCAAGGGCAUAAUGAUUGGUAUGGAGAAGGAAAAGAUGUCAGGUAGCAUUUUUCUUACAUUUCUUUACUGUUGUUGAUUUGUAAGUGAUAAUGAAGUAAGUUCUCUGCAACAUGGCAUGCUCAAUGUUUUAUUAUUGCUGUCAACAGAAUUUAACUGCAUUUCCACUGUGGCUUUAGCAUCUUGGUAAGGAUGUGCACUGAAACAUGAACUAGAUAAGACACUAUGGAAAAACACAGGCAUUUUUAGUGAUGGAUGUUGAGGAUAGUGUAAAAAAAAAAAAAACCACAUUAAUCUAAGGAUGUUCUAAUGAGAAAUGACAUGUUUUAAUCAUAUUAAGAGGCAGAAAGCCUGUUCACAAUAGAUGUAGUCCACUAUGUAAUUUGUUGGAUAUGACAGAGUAAUGUCUAAAUUUGCUCUUUUAUUACAUUAACAUUUUCCCUUUUAUAUAUUAUGAAUAUCUUUGAGUUAUAUGUAUGGUUUGCAGUUUGCUACUUUUUAAAACACAGAGCAUCACAAGUGAAACAGUAGCAUACUAGAUAACACAGCUUGCUGUUUUAAAGCUACAUGUGAAAACUGAGUGAAGAAGUGUAACUGUCUAUGUAUGGCUUGGGAGGGGAAAAGAUGUAGAAAAGCAUAGUAUUGUGGAUUCACGUUAAAGUUCCAUUGUAAUUACAAAUUUCUCAUCUAUUCUUAGUAUGAAACCAUGUUUUCAUUUUUAUUAUAAAUCUUAAAUAUAUAUAUUACAAAAGAAACCAUCCUGUUUAUUUAUAAGUUAAAAUAAGUGUGUGAAACAUUUUAGGUAACUAGGCCACUUUUCUUUUUUUUGUUCAUGUUAUUUGAAUGUGAUAUUUCUGGUGGACAUGUCAAAAGUUCCAUUGCUUUUGUAGAGACUAUACAGAAAUGAAGGAAAACCCAUCAAUAUAGGUUCUUUCUCAAGAUAUGUAGUAGAACAAACAUGGUCACAGUUCCACUUUUAUUUUUCUGCAGUAGAGUUGUAUUAUUUACAACCUUUCUUACCAAUACAGUAAAAAUAAGCAUUAUUCCUUAAUUCUCUAGGUUUGAUAUGAAAUGUGCAUUACACAGUAAUAUCUGUAAAAGGCUUUUUAUUAUGUCAUUUUGUUAAGUGGAAUGCAUAAAAAGCAAUAAAUUAUGUGCCAAAUUGUUCUUUACAUUUAAAAUUUCAAGCUUAUGUUAAAAUGUUCAAAACAUACCAUGUUUGCAUUUUCUAGUAGGCAAAUACUUUAUUGAAUGUAAUUAAUUCACAUGUAACUUUUGACAUUUUCACUCUGUACAGAAUAAAGAAUAAGGAUGAUA